AUGGACGCGCGCUUUAUAACGUCUAACGGGCAUGAUGAUCAUUUUGCCAGUGACGAAGGUAAGGAUUACACAGAAAGCCAGUCUUUUUUAGGCGCGCACCCCGAAAUGCCAUUGACGCGUGAUGGUGCUUCGGGGUUGCUUGGUUCUCUCCUUCAAUCACAAGAGGCGGCCAGGGGCAAUGCUCCUGCGACUCUCUUGAAGACCCGGAUGCGGAGCAGAUCGGCGUCUCCCAUGACUGGAAUGAGGCUUUUCGAUCUGACACCAGCUCAAUCGCAAAGUCGGCCUGGGUCACCCACAACGGCUACUCGGAGUGAAGAAGCGCUAAGGCUACAUGUAGAUCCAAGCUCGGCUUCCCACAUUAUGUCUUCACCGACUGCGGUGCCUAUUCAUUUCCGACGACCGAAACCGUCUCCAGGUGCUCGAAAAACGUCGUCUGUUUCUAGUCCAGGAACGCCAGAGGACACUGUGGGAUCUCCCACGUCGAAGCUUGGAAGUGGUAGUAAACGACCCAGGUCAACGGAAUUUAAGACCUCAAGGGAAUUCAGACCAUUGUGGUUAGUGGAGCGUCACUCACCGGCGAAACUGGAUAAACAGCCGGAAGAGCCAUAUCCAUCACUUCCCUCUAGUAAAACAGCAUCGCGGACUUCCUCUGUCGAGGAUUUGACCAGCUAUGACCUUACGGAGGGUUUCACUGGAGAGGUUUCUCAAACUUAUCAGGUUCAUCCUCAACAGCCGUUCGCCCAGCCACCAAAGCAAACAAGAGGUCUUUCAUUACAACUUGACACCAACGACACUUCCCUCUCUGAUCCUGAUUUCUUAGGGUCGCAGCAGGCAACCCCCACAGCGGAAAGUUUCCAAGAAGCAGCCCAAAUGGCGAAGAAGAAGAAACCGAAGCCGGAGUUCCAUUCCCCUUCUGAUUUGCUUUUUGAUCCCUCUUCUCGCCAAAUUAAAUUGCCGGAAUCUGCGGCGCUGGACUCUCUACAAUCAUCGGAAGGUUUUGUGAGAGACGAAAGGACCCUGGUACCUACGGAGUCUGAUGUGGAUUUGGAGUUACCGCCUCUGCCGCGCUCGUUGACCGCUUCGCCUGAUCUGAGGGGGUCACUACCCUCGCUACCCGAGAGCCGUCCUUCCACAGCUGACUCUGAAAUUGAGCCUCAGUUUUUCACACCAAACGCAGAGCUAGAUGCGUUGCCUCCAUUACCUGGCAGUCGUCCGUCGACAUCUCAUACUACUGACGCUGAAGCUCAAUUUAUGGGUCAUUAUAUCACUGGAGCAGGUGCGAGUUUUGCGGCUGGUGUGGCUGCACAGCUCGCAAAAUUAGAAGUAAAACCUGAAACUGCGUUCUUAGAUGCUACCAAUGUUGGUCAAGAGAUUACGCCUAGCACCGAAACAGUCACAGACACUGAACCCGCAAGGGAGACCGUGUCAAUUGUUGAAGCCAUCCCAAAAUUACUUGAAGAACCAGCUCUGGAACAGACGGUGGAGACAAAACGAACUCCACGGCCACAGGAAGGAAUUCAGCCAGCACUACCCGUUGUUGAUUCAGCUUCGUCAGCUCUAGAUGAGGUACCAACCAAGACAAUUCCCCACCUUUUAGAGCCUAGUCCAUCGAUCGAACACACUCCACCGGAACUCCCGAAGGUUGAAAUGGGUGAUUUCCAGCCAGCUUCAAAGAAAUCGAAGAAGGCCAAGAAAAACAAAAAGAAGGGCAAGAACGCAACUGCCCCCGACGGCCCGCCUCCCCCCUCUAGCAGCGAGCAUGAUUCUGUUUCCCAGACAAUCAGAAGUGACAGUGCCGAUGUUCCAUUGGCUCCACCAAGAGAAAUAUCGGAAGAUAAGCAGGAAAUGGCGCCUGUUGAACUGCCAACGCCAGACUCUCAUUUUCUAGAAUCAAUAGAGCCAAAGUCGCAAAUUACUAGAGAACUUCCCAUUCAGGAAGAAUCUUUAUCUCAUUAUUUCCCGGUGGCUGCAGACACCAAGGUGGAAUUAGCUACUCAGACUAAUAAAAACAAGAAGGGCAAGGGUAAACAAAUGCAGAAAGCUGGAAAAAUUUCUCCCCAGGCCCUUGUUGACAUCCCUCUACCUGAAGACGAUAAUUCCAAACUUUGGGAGCCUACCGCUGUUGAGGGUGUUCUUGAUCUCGGUUUAACCGGCGAGACAGAAAAUCGGAGACAACGAGCAAAUUUCACCUCUGUUAUAGAUAAGGAGAUGCAAGAAUCCCAGCCCUACAAUCAGCCGGAGAGAAUAAGGUUGGGGACUACGGAGCUUCCGAAGGAAGAGUUGGUAGAGCCUACUGAUCAACUAUUUGCUCCUUCAACUGAUAAGCGGCCUUCUACACCGGUGGUCUUUGAUGCCAAAGGAGAUAGUUCACCAGUAUCUCAAGAAUUGGCGACUGCCUUGCCUGAGUUACUACCAGCGGAACAUGUACCUCCUCCUGAACUCCCUGUUGAAAACACCGAGGAAUACGCAUCACAUAAGGGAAAGGGGAAGAGAGGAAGCAAGGGUCGGAAGUCGAUUACCACAGAUGAGUCUACUGAAAUCAAGACAAGUAAAAUUCGCCAGAGCCUCGAAUUAGUCGCGUGCAAAGAAUCUCCUUUUGAAUCUCAAGCUUCGGCCCCCGAUCCUUUGGUUCAAGAUAAAUAUGAGCACCGAUCUGAAGCGCAGAUGCAAAACAAUGUUAACACAACGCUGUUGGACAAGGAAACCAAGGAAUCUGCAUGUGACACUCUGGCCAAUGAGGUUUCACCACAUCUGAUAGGUGGAGUCGAUGCACAAAUCGACACGUCUAUAAAGGUCUCGAAAAAACAAAAAAGAAAGGAUAAGAAGAAGCGGAAAGCUUCCCUGGAAACUGAGGAGCAGCCACUACAAUCAGGGUCCUUAAUAGACAUGGUUGGCGAGGGAAGUACUGAGGCUCAACGAGAAUCUGAGCAAUUGACCAUGGAGCCAGACGAUAUGCAGCAAAUCACACCAUCAAGGUUAUCCAAUGUCUCUAGCAAGGGCAAACAACUGAUAGAGGAAGAUCAACAGCAAGAAGACUUGGAAAAGCAAGGCCAAGGUGAUUCAGCAUUGUCAUUGGUUGAGGCGGAGCCAACAACUCACGAUCCUCCAUUGGUAAUUAGUGAAGACCAUGCCAUGGAUAAGGAAAUUUCGGACGACAUCUCUAGACCUCCCACAUCUAUAGACAAGAUUCCUCCGGAUGAACUUAGGAACAAGGAACCGCAUCAAAAUGAUAAGCCUGCGCCUGAUGUUCAGAAAUCUAAGAAGGCGAAGAAGGGCAAAAAGAAGCGGCAAUCGGUCACUUGGGAGGACGACAUUUUCCAUGCCGAAGGUCCACAGACGGCACCCGAUUCUCCCACAAUGAAGGACGAUGAACUCCGCGCUGAAAUGGAGACAUCCACAUUUACCCCAGCUGAUAAUUUGGAUACUGAGGCAUCGAAUACUUCUAAAAAUAAACGGAAAGCAAAAAAAGACAAGAUAAAGCGGAAAUCUUCAGAUUUGACAACAUCACAGCUUUUAAACCCGUCCGAUGAGCAACCCCGUUUGCUAGUUGAGUCUAUUUCUGCAAGCUCUGCGGAGCAAUUAGAGCUUUCCACGAAUUUGGAUCCCGAUACAUCCACAGGACCAGCUUCACUUGCUCCUGCCAACGAAGCAGACGAAUCACUUAUGGUAGAGUCUCCUCAAAGCCAGCCUCUCACUUUCGAGAAGGGUUUGGAAACACUCUCCAUCCCCGGGUCAUGGGAGGACGAUGCCGAUAAAGUUAUCGAGGCUCCACAGAAAGACAAUGAAAUAGCUCCUCACGAAGCACCACCUCCCAACGAUGACGAAACAAGAGAGAAUUCUGAAGCGACACUACCCGAGUCAUUGCUAGCAAUAUGCCAGCCGCCGACCAUCCCAACUAAGCCACAUGAAAAAUCUAUAAUACGGGCCCUAGGGCCUCUCCACAAUUUUGUAGAGUCCCCUGUCGAAUCUGAACUACGAAACACCCAGGAUCCCUUCAAGCCUUCCCAACAGGAACAGUUUUCUUGUCCCAGUGAAGCACCUGCGAGUCCUGAAAGUCCCGAAACAAUUGCGCAGGAGCCCCUACUGCAAGCUGCGGAAAUCUAUAUGCCUACGGAACCGUCUAGACAUUUCGACACCGAUACUGAUGCCGAGAAAUUGUCGUGCAGGGUGGAAGCAUCCCAGGCUGAUACCUCUCUGCCGUAUAUGGAUAAUCUUGGCCCUGCCUCAAUUGCCGAAGAAAUCCAGAGGCCACCAACCAAUCCUCGUCAAUUGACCGCCACAGAAAUUGUCUAUGCCAGUAAAAGAGACGCUGGAACGGCUGAAAGAGCAAAAGAAGCUGAAGAGACACUUCCUUCUGAAGCAGUUGUCUCUGAGACAGUGACAAAAACGGAAGGACAAAUUCCUCCGCCCCCAGCAGAAGCUGUAUCGCCUCCAUACUUGGGUCCGGAUCUGUUAAUUGCUUCUAAUGAGCCAGUGGAUCAAAUAAGUAACCUUGCAGAUACAGCCAUGGAUUCCGUUUUUGAACAAGAGCAGAUUUCGACUUCGUCGAAAGACAAAACCGGCGACACCAAACCAGAAUUCAGGGAGUCAACUGGAGCUGAAUAUAGGAAGGACGGCCAGGAAGAACCAUUGUUAAAGGUUGAAGAAUCAUCCCAAUCUGUCAAGAUAGAGGGCCGGGAUGUCGUAGAUGUACACUCUGUGAAUGUCCUUGUUUCUGGUGAAAUUGCUCCAAGCCUAUUGGAACUUGUUGACUGCGACGUGGAUGUUGAACAAUCAGCACAACCUGAACCUGAACCUGAACCUGAACCUGAACCUGAACUUCAACCCAACUUUCAAUCCGAACCCGACAGCUGGAAUGUCAGGUCAACCAAAAAGGGGAAGCAAAAGAAGAACAAGAAACAAAGAGAACCUCGAGAUGAGAAGGCUCCCACCCCAGAUGAAGAGAGUACUCUAUCAACUCCAGUGUUGUCCAUCUUGGAGCCGACCCGGGAGCCGAUGCCCAAAAUUGUCAACGAAGAGACUGCUAAUCGGGACUUCCCUAUCACGAAAAAAGGAAAGAAGAAAAAUAAAAAGUCUCGCGGUCUUGAAGAAAGUAUUCCCCGCACUAGCUAUCCAGAGCCAGUUGCAACUGAAAACGUUCUUGGAACUCCAAGUAUCGAUGAAUGGAUUAGUAAUCUUCAUGAGUUGCGAUCGAGUAGCUUAGCACCUACUACGGAUGAUGCGAAUGUCUCUGAAAUAAAGGAAAAGGAACUAGAGCAACCGCAGGCGGAUAGUUGGCAUACCUGGGAUAUUGAACGAACCCAAAAAGGUAAAAAUCAGAAUAAGGAUCUCACUUUUGAGGAAGGUACUGCCAAUCCUGUUGAGCCGUAUGUGGAUGAUUCAGCUGAAGCUGUGGAUGAAUUGAACACCCCCAAAUUACAGGAAAUGAAAGUCGAGACGCAGGGGGAUAGCUGGAAUCGUCGGGAAGUCGCUCGUACUAAGAGAGACAAAAAGAAGAGUAAAAACUCACAGGUUGUCCAAAAUAACCCUCCCGAUGAGCCAGCACCACUAUAUGUUGGAGAGCCUCCGGCUCACAUCGACCUCGAGCCUCAGACCGAGCAUGAUGAAAAGGACAUGGGUGCCGCAUCAACAAAAAAAGGCAAGAAGAACAAAAAGGGUCGAGAUGUUCAACAAAAGGCUCAUUUAACCGUUGAACCCGAAUCAUGGGAACAUAUGGAGCUUGGAAUGUCUGAAGAACCAAGUCGCAGCCCUUUGGAGAAGGGACAGAAGGUCAAAGAAAGAGGGAAGGAAGCUGCUGCUAGGCAUCUACAAGGCGUCGAAGAAGAGAAAGCUGCAAAAGCCGUCCAAACUCAAGAUAAGGCUUCUGCCACUAUCGAAGUAGACAGCACUUUAGACGAAACCAAUCUUCCUGGAAUGGAAUCCCUGAUAGACGAUCAAGCAAAGGAGACUGCAAUAACGGAGGCGGAAGCACCUGACAAUGAUCGAAAGGCAAUUUCUGAGGCCGAUGAAACCGCCAAAUGUCCAAAGAUUGAACAAAGAGAUAUUUCUGACAAAACUAAACUAGACCAAUUCCCUAUUAAAGUUGCCGACCUUGCUGCCCGAGCCCAAACCAAGGGAACUGACACUUCGUCCCUCGAUCUGCUUCUUUCGGGAGAUGAGCCGCAACCGCCCGAGGAGCCCUUUGGGCAACAACCAGUAGAUGCGCGGGUAGUGGUUGGCGAGAGCAUUGGCGAUUUUGAUGAAAAUGUGAGUCUUGUUUCUCAAGAAACACGCGAAAAAAUGAUUCCAGACGUGUCUUGGGCAUCAGCAAGUGGACCUCUGCCCAUGAACCCCGAACAAGUCGAGGUGCGGCGGCCCGGAAGUUCCCACAGCGAUGAACUCCCUCCUAUUUCAUUGGAUGUUGACGAAGCUGGGAGCCUGCAAGGUGACAUUGGCGUUACUGGAUUUCUUCAAAAACAAGACCACAUCGAACGGUUGACUGCUCUUUCCUCGGCCCCGCAAUCGUCAGACGCCGACCAUAAUUUGGAAGGAAAUCUCAAAACAGAUUCGACCAGGGUCCUUGAUGGCACACACUCACCUGCUGAGCCUUCGGGGGCUACAGGAGUUGAUGACUUUCGGACUGCUAGCAACAGGAGACAGAAUAAGGGAAAGAAAGGAAAAGCCAGAAGGAAAGCUUCCCUCGGUAUACCAAAUGAAACCGAUGAAAAUAUGCUUCAAGUUACAAAUGAAAAACCUGAAACACAGCCUGAACUUGAAACAAGAAUGGAACGCUCCACCACAAUUGCCAAAAAAUCCAAAGCGCUGGAGCCACCUGCAGGAUUCGUGGAUACUGGAAACGUAGAUGACGAGGGUGAUUUUUGGGGUCUUGGCGAGAAGCACGAGAAGAAAGGCAAAGGCCGCGAGCAAGGACGGAAAGGCAAGCAAAUCGUCCCUCUAAAUGAACCAAAAGCUCCAUAUCCAACUCCAGUGGAAGCUCAAGAAAAGCCAACCAUCACAGGGUUUACUUCGCCAAGAGUGUUGGAGGAGCCCGUUCAACCCCAACCCUCAGGAGUAGUGGCUAGCGUCUUCCCGUUUCUUGAACGGGUAUCUAGAAAACGGCCCUCACAAAAUGCGGGUUCCCAUGAAACCCCCGAACAAGAGACAAAGAAGCAUGCACAAGGAACCUCGACUUCUUUUAUGGGGAAACAGUCGAUCUCGACAAGAGUACCUACUUUUCCACGAUUCGCAGAGCCAGUAGUUGAUAACGAAACUGUUCCCAAGUUUGAAGAUCUCAUAAAACGUCCACCAGGUCUCGAUCCAAUCCCGCAAGGCCCUGCAACUGAUGAGAAUAUCGAUCGUUCAAUCGAUGUGAGUGACAAGAAUUCCGAACCUGAAUUGCUAUCCAUCAAAGAUACUCGCAAACAGGAGCCUUCUUCUAUGGAUUUAACCUCAAAGAAUAAAUCACCCAUAUAUUCUCAUUCUCCUGCUUCGACGCAAGUUGACGUGGAGCAUUCUAUCCCGGUUUCCCGUGAAGCUCUCGGGGACAAACCUCAACAAUUCCCUGUGAUUCGCGACCUCUCUAGGAGUGAACUCAGCAGAGAGUCAACUAGGUUGUCAGAAAGCUACCUUCAGCGAGAGCAAAAGCAGGUUUUCGAUUCCCAAACCCCGUCGUCGGAACCCCUUCGCUCCAUAUUUGGAGGGCCCUACGGACUUGUAGAUGAUCCGGAUAUUGUGAUCACACCUCCACGAACACCACUCACUACGAUAAAGGAGCAUGUUCCAACGGAGCCUCUACGAAACUCACGGAGCCGCGACAUUUCUGAUGCAGUGCAGUACCUUCAAGUGGAUCUCCAGGACUUCGUCGAAUCCACAGUCCUAGAAGUCCAGAGCUUAGGGCGGCGAGCAAGGCCCAGACGAGAGCACGUGAUCUGGAUCUCGACGUGGAGGGGAUUCCUUCGUCCAGCUCUUACGACCCGCUGA